UGGCUCCAGCAGGGACAAGAUCUCUCCUGGAGGCAGCGGCGCAGGGUCCUGCAGCCUGCUGCCUUGAAAACCUCCUGGAGAUCUGUGUUCUCAAAGACAUUUUGAGGGACAAUUCCCAGAAGCCUCAGUCAGCUGAGGCAAUUCUGGGUGCAGGAUGAGCAAAAUCAUGGAGUUGGAGAGGAAAAUGCUACCCUUCGGGAGCAGGAGCCAAGGACUGGGCAGCAAAUAUGAGGGACUGGGAGCAAAGCACAAUCUUUGACCCAUAUGAGAGCCAGUGGCCUGAAUCCUCAGCUGAAGAGGCAAAGCGGCUGAAAGCAGCAUGGGUGGGGUUUGGCUCCUUUUUUGUGUUGUGGGGCAGCUCAAGCCUUUUUCCCUUGCAUCUUGCAGGAGGCUCUGGAGAUGUUGCUCUCGGGGGGGCCUCCAACAGCUCAAGACCAUCCCUUGGCUGAUUAUCAUUAUGCAGGCUCAGAUAGAUGGACAGCUGAGGAGAAGGAGGCCUUCCAAAAGGCUUUCCACACCUACGGCAAGGAUUUCCAUCUCAUCCAGAAGCAGAUCCCGAGUAAGACCGUGGCACAGUGUGUGGAGUACUACUACUGCUGGAAAAAAGAGCAGAAACUUGCCAGCAGCACUCUUGCUCAGACUGCGGGCAAACGGAAGAGGAGGAAAAGCCCUCCCAGGAAGGAGACUGGGGAGACCGGGAAGAGAAGCCGGAGUUUGAAACCAUCAAGGAGAGGAACAAGCACAGGAGAAGACAUCGCCCACGCAAGGAUGCACAGCCUCUCCCCAAGAAGAAAAGGCCAAAUUAGCCCUGCAUUUGCCCCAGGCUAGCAGGAGUUAGGCGUCAA